UGAUGUGAUAGUCUCUUUAACACAAAUGCUUUGACUGCGCGGGAAGUCGUACAGUAUUGUGAAAAAGAGUUGUUUAUGUGUUGGCAGUAUAUAUGUAAAUAUUUUCGCAUACGAGUGUGAAAAGUAACAAUGCCGGAGGUACAAUUAGUGAAAGUGAUCAGCUGUAAUUUUCAGGAUCCAAAGCAUCAAGUAACAAAUUUGCUCCGUGGGAAUUUUGGGAAAUGGCUGUGUCCUCUUCCAAGAAAAAAUAUGUCAAUGGAGGCAGUGUUUAUGAUGGAAAGAGCUUGUGUUAUAAGUGGAAUAAACAUAGGAAAUUGUGGUUCAGCGUUUGUGACAGUUUCUGUAUCACAUUAUGGAUCAUCAGAAUUUGAAACACUUCUGCCAUCAUCAGUUUUAAUGGAUCGACAACAGACUAAAAGUGGGUCAGGAAAAACAUCUGUGCUGAUGUUUUCAAGAGAUAAGUUUUGUGAAAAUGUGAGAGAAAACAAAUGGGGUAUCAUAAAAAUUACUUGUACGCAACCAUUUGAUACUCAUGUUCCAUUUGGUUUGAGUUUUAUCCACAUAAUAACAUUUGAAAAAGAUACUGUCUUUGCUGAUACAAGUGGAAAAGAAAACAGGAUUAUGGCAAAAAGGAACAUAUACAAUAAAGCAAGCAUUUCCAGGCCACAGUCAGAUGUUAUUCAAAAAGUAGCUGCAGCUUCACCACGUUCACUGGAGCUCAUGAAAGCUUGUAUGAACCUUCAUAAUUCCGACAACAGAGGGAAGAUAUCAGAAACAGUCGAUUGUGCUAAAGAAAUGCCAUUAAGAGAAAAUGUUUCCAGAACUGAAAAGCUAUCAAAUGGUCUGUCUGGUACAGAUUCAAGGCGCAGCAAAUGCCCAAUUUGUUGUGGUUCAUAUGAGGUAACAGAAAUUGAAGCCCAUGCAGCACAGUGCACUGGUGUGUCAAACAGCAAUUCAGCUAUUGAAGAGAAUGAUGAAGUGAUGUGUCCAGUAUGCAAGUGUAAAUUUAGUUCGGAAUAUAUUGCAUCACAUGCUGAUGCUUGUGCAGAGAAGCGACUUGACAGUACCACAAAAAGUGCAAUCUCAAGCCCUCAGGCAGGACGACACAAAUCACUGAAAUUUGUAAAUUCAUAUGAAGAGCAAGGCCAGAAAACACCUCCGAAUAAGGAAGAAAAAGACUGUGAUAUUAAAUUUAGACAUCGAGUUAUAGCUUUCCUUGACACUGAGAAUGUGUUGGCAAAGUACAUGAAACAUAUAACAAUUGGUGAACUACGAAGAUUGUAUGAACAAACAACAAAAGAGUCCCUUCAGAGUCACGAAAUCAAAAAGUUUGCUGCAGUUGUAAGAAGUUAUCUUAGAGCGUACUCGGAUUCAGAGGGAAAAAGCAGCAGCAGUAAGGUUUCAGAUAAUCAGGAUGUUAUAGGAAGGCAUCCUGUAUGUAGGAGAAAUCUUCUAAGUUUAGAAGAUUCCGCAAAUGCACAAAACAGGGAUGAUUGUGAAGAAGAUGAUUUCAUCAGCAGAAAUGUUAUAAUCCAUGCAUCACCCACAACACCGACCAAAAGAAUUGACUCUCUUCACACACCUAAAAGAAAGAAUUUGGAGAGUGGACCUUUUAGGAGGAAACGAUUGGCUAAUGGUAUGCACAGUUCAGAUGCCACUUAUGAUGGUAGUAACUCUGAACCUAAUACAGUGCACACUAUAUUGGAGGACGGCGCACACAUGGUCCAGUGCCAUCUGUGUGAAGAGUUCUUCAGUAUAGCAGACAUAGGAAAUCAUUCUUCAACCUGCAUUGUUCCUGCUGAUAUUCAUCAGCUGAAUUCAGAAAGAGAGAUCUGUCCAAUAUGUGAUGAACUGAUUGCGAAGGAUUGUAUUGAGCAACACGCUGCUCUCUGCGCGGAAAAUAAAUUUGGGUAGUGCCUGAUUAUUAAUUGUAAUUGUUUCCCGAAUUACUAUCAUGUGAACGUCUUCCGGAGAAAUUACCUGAACAUUGUGGCCUUGUGGUGCUGUACAUACAACAUGUUUAAUGGAAUUGUAAUGAUUUUUUUGUGAUAGUCUCAAAUAUUUUAUGUACAUGUCUGUGUGUGAGUUACUGUGCUCGCUGUCAGCAUAUUCACUAAACUUUUAUGUAUUUGUAAUUAUUUAGCACAAAUAGUUGGGAAUAUAUGAUGUUGGAGUUCAGUCAUGUAAAAUUUUCUAAAUGAUAUUAUAGUCGUCUUUUGACAGUAAAAUUAUUUAUUUGUACAAUCCACUAUUGCAUUCAGUUCAUGGGGCCACCAUUAUCAAGUGAAAACACUUUCCAAAUUCUGAACACUUUCCAAAUUCUGUGUCUGUUAAAAA